UCAGCGAAGAAAAUAGGGCAAGGGUUCCUCAAAGUAUAAGGAUAGAAGUCAUAAACUUAAAUCUGAUUCUGUUGAUGAACCGGAUGAUCGUGUGCCUUCACGGAAGGGAAAACCUUGGGAUAGUAGAAAUGAUUUUCAGGAGAGGCUCGGAGUUAAGUCUAAUGAAAGUGAGAAGAGAUUUUUUGAUGAUAAUAAAGAAUCUGUGGGAAAACCUUCCAGUAAGAGUAGUAAAAGAGAGAGUCGAUCAAAUAUUGGUUGUUCAGAUGCUAAACGAGAUGUCAGUGGAGGUCAAGAUGUAAUGUCUACUGUAAAGCAGAAUGUUGCGCAGGAUGGCAAUGCUAGCAAGUAUAUGAAGAGAUCCCACUCUGACAAAUCUGAUCAUGCUGAAAUUGCUUCUGGGAUAGGGAACUCGCUGUCAUUACCACCCUUUGGAGGAAUUCCGAAUGAGAUGCUGACUCACUGCCCCGGCCCUACUGGAUCCCAAAAGGGAAAUGGAGCUGAUGGAUCUCUAGGUGGUGAUGCAUUGAAGAAGGUACAAAAACAAAUAAAGAAGGCUGAUCAUCAAAAUGAGACUCAACAUGGUAGUUCUAGACAUACUACAUCUGGUGGGCAUAGGGUCAGGGACAUUGAUGCCCGUAGUCCAAUGAGAAAGGAUUCCUCAAAUCAGGCAUCUUCCAAUGCCUUGAAGGAGGCUAAAGAUUUAAAGCACAUAGCUGAUAGUCUCAAGAACUCUGGAUCAAAUGAGGAGAGCACUGCACUUACUUCCAGGCAACAUUGAAGUUUCUACAUAGUGCUUCUCUACUAGAAUCUUGCAACAGUGAGGAUACUAAACAGGGAGAGAUGUUUCAGUCUAUGCAAAUAUAUAGUAGCACUGCAAACCUCUGCAAGUUUUGUGCCCAUGAAUAUGAGAGAUUAAAUGACAUGUCUUCUUCUUCUUUGGCCUACAAGUGUACAGAGGUGGCAUAUAUUAGAGUCAUCUAU